AUGAUCUCACCAGCAUUGAGAGGUGCAAUCUUGAUGAACAGAAGAGGAUUGACAACAUCAUCAGUGGUGUUCUUGGUGAAUGCUAGACCAUCAACAUCAUUUGGAUCAAGAUUGAAUGUUCAAUCAGUUGGACAUCGUCAACAAAUAAGAUUCAAUACAACUACAUCAUCGACAUCAUCAACAUCAAGCACAAAUGAGGAUACUACCAAACAACAACAACAACAACAACAACAACAACAACAACAACAACAACCAAAUAAUACCACCAACAACAUUCCAAAGCCUGACAGGAAUGCGAUCAUUGCCGGCUAUACAGUAGACAUGUCAUCUGCACAUAAGGACUUCAAAGAGGCUGGUUAUGAAAUUGUCUACUACUCCAAGCGUGAACCAUUCUUCAAGGUCAUCAAGGCCUUCCUCGUGUCCCAGUUAGCACUUGCCACAAUCGUCCCAGUUGGCUUUGCAAUCAAACAACUCGAAAUGAAGUACACAGUCUUGGGAAUAAUGUUGGUAGCAUGGGGAACAUCAUUCUAUUACAUUGGCAAGAUGUUGGUCGGUAACUUCAUCAUUAGGAUGUACCGCAAGAAGGGCGACAACCACGUAUACCUUGUACAAUACGCACCAUCGGCACGUGUGCUCAAGGUGCCAAUCGACCAUAUCAAGGCGUCACAGUUCAACCCUGAAGCCGCACCCUACAUGCUGCUCGAGUCGGACAAUCUGUUCUUCUUUGAACGCGACGGCAUCCUCAAGAACAAAGAGGCACUGGAGUACAUACUCAGUGGCGAGGAGUAUGAGUUCAAGACCAGACAGCGCGAGGAGACAGAGUACAACGAUUACAUGGCUGAGUCAAUGGUCAAGGCUCAAAAGUUGGUCGUCACCAACAAUGAGAUGACCCAAGAGAUGGCCGCUCUGGAAAAGGAGUUGGAAGAGUUGAAGAAGGCUGAGAGGGAGGCGGAGAAACAAGAGAAGAAGGAUUCAUGA